AUGGGUUGGUUCUGGAUCACAGAAAAGGACGGUUCAACCGCCAGCGCUGCGGCUACGGAUGCUAUGCCGGUCGCAAAACUCAAGCAAAGCUUUACAGGCCUUUUCUGGUCAUCACCAGUGGAUAAAGAUGCUCUUUUUAGUCAGGGCAUAGAGGAGAAAAGACUCAAUACCACUGAGCCGAUCUCCAAGUGCCCAGUGGAUCACACUAAACUAAUGUCGAGAAAAGUUUCUCAAUGCCCUGUUCACGAGAAAGGCAGUUUAAACCCCGAUAAUAACAUGCCUGAGUUGUCUUCCCUCAAGGUACCGGGACAAAAGCUGGAUCUUCCUACGGAACGAACAAUUUCAUCGAUCCCGAAGGGCAACAGCGAUACUUCAGGACAUUGGGAGUACCCCUCGCCUCAACAAAUGCUCAAUGCAAUGGUUCGAAAAACUGGACCGGCUGGAAUUCCUGAGGAUGCUGUGGAAAGCAUGGUGGACGUGCACAAUUUUUUGAACGAAGGUGUGUGGCGCGAGGUAUUGGAGUGGGAAAAACCUUAUACGGACCGCGUGAAUGUGAUGCCGAGACUAUUGAAGUUCACCGGUAGACCGGAAGAUCUCAGUCCCCGAGCUGCAUUUCUUCAAUUGCUAGGCAAAGUUUACCCCUCUCGUUUCGCCGGUCCGUUACCAUUUGACCGCCACGAUUGGAUGGUGUUACGGAUGACACCAUCGGGAAACUGGCAAGAAGUCAGGUACGUUAUAGAUUUUUAUGAAGCCCCCGAUGAUGGCGAUAAACCUGUGUUUUCGGUCGAUGUUCGCCCCGCUGCAGACUCUCUUGGGAAUGUUAUGGAUCGACUAAAACGUUCGGCUGGGCCACUAUAUGAUAAGGCUAUGGGGAAAUAG